AUGCAGCAAGUUUAUGUGCCUAAGACGAUUGAGGCUCAUGUUGUUCCCCCACCAAGGGCUAGGCCUCAAUCGGUAAUCACAAUCGGCUCCAUGGAAGCUCCCAUCACUAAUCAUGAUGGGCCAAUUGUAAUUGAAGAUUCUCUAGCACCUAAGCAAGAUGAAGUCCCUAAAGAAGUUGCUGGAGUCAAAGAGAAGAAAUGUGCUGAAGGAGAUUCCAAGUACCGACAACCCAUAUGGUGUCCUCAUGGGUUGAAUAAGACUCAACGGCAUAAAUUGCAACGUGCUCGGCAUAAGCAAUAG